UUUCUGUCUUAGUCGCUACAGUGUUUAAAAUUGGUUUUACAUAAUAGUCCCUUUUCAAGUGUCAAAUUGACACAGAUUGAUCUUGUUGUCAUCAUGUCGUCGCUUGAAAGUCCGCUUCGUACGUCAACUAAAUUUCAAGGUUCCCCGUCUCGGCUCCUGCUGACAGCGUUAUGUGCAAGUCUUGGUCCUCUCACAUUUGGAUUCACCAUUGGUUAUAGCUCACCAGCUAUUCCCAAACUCGAGAAAGAAAAGCUCUUGGAUGGGAAAAGUUUAACAGGAUGGUUCGGUGCCUUGAUGACGGUAGGUGCAAUCUUCGGUGGUCCCUGUGGAGGAAAUUUGAUCGAGAAAUAUGGAAGGAAACGAACCUUAGCGAUAGCGGCAUCUGUUUUCUUUGUUGGUUGGACGAUGACGGGGUUUGCUUCCGGAAUCAAGAGUCUUCUCAUUGGCAGAACCUUGUGUGGAUUUGCCAGUGGUCUGAUUACUGUAGCAGGCCCUGUCUACCUCGCAGAGAUUUCCACAAAGACGCUGCGGGGAUUCCUUGGAGCAAGCAUGCAGCUGUCGAUAACAGUUGGCAUCGUAGCAGCUUAUGCGUUGGGAAUGGCCUGUUCUUGGUCAAUGCUGGCACUCUUUGGCGCCAUGUCUUCAGUGCUGGCGUUAUUGCUACUAGUGUGCAUCCCUGAGACACCACGAUACCUUAUCCUAAAGAACAGGCGAAAAGAUGCCCUACUGGCUUUGGCAGCCCUCCGAGGACCGCACACAGAUGUCGAGGAUGAAUGUCGCGAUAUUGAAGAAGGAUUCAUGCAAGAAUCAGGAUCAUCGUUUUCAUAUUCAGAGUUUAGAAAACCCGAACUCUCUCGACCAUUGUUUAUUUCAGUCAUGAUCAUGUUCUUCCAACAAUUUAGUGGCAUCAAUGCAGUUAUGUUUUACACCGUGUCAAUUUUCCAAAGUGCUGGAUAUAAAAACAGUGAACUAGCUACUGUUGUGAUCGGCGUAGUUCAGGUAAUUGCCACACUAGUAGCUUGCUUUUUGAUGGACAAAAUGGGAAGGAAGAAACUCCUUAUCAUCGCAGGCUCUACCAUGGCAUUAACGUGCACUACAUUUGGAUACUAUUACUAUCGGAUGAGUUCUGGAACUCAUGCAAACAUCAGCUGGCUGGCCAUUACGAGUCUCAUCAUCUACAUUAUUGGGUUUUCCUUGGGCUGGGGACCCAUCCCUAUGUUGGUGAUGUCAGAAAUUUUCCCCGCCCCAGCAAGAGGUGCAGCGAGUGGUAUUGCCACAUUCACCAACUGGUUCUGUGCAUUCCUUAUAACCAAAGAAUUCAUUGCGUUUCAAGAACUUUUUGGCCAAGCGGGCACAUUUUGGAUCUUUGGUGUGUGUUGCCUGUUUGGUGUCAUGUUUGUGUCCAAGUACCUGCCAGAAACAAAAGGAAAGUCCCUGGAGGACAUUGAGCUCUAUUUUUUGGGAAGGAUUCAUUGGAGAGAUGAUAAAUCACAAAGUGAUGAUAAACAACCAAUGACUCCAAAGCUCCAGGGAUCAGGAUCUCAGAGCAGCAGCAGCGAAAACAACCAGUGAUAAGUUUGCU